GUGUAGAGCGAGAGAGAGAGGGUUGUCGAGGAGAGAACAAUUCGAACGAGAGAGUUAUCUGAGAGAGCAAUCGUUAGAGAGAGAGCGAAAGGCUAGAAUGCGGAGAGUUGUUAAUGGCAGUCUUCUCUCUCAAGCCCUAAAAAGUUGCAGGCGUGCUGUCUUACAAGGGCCAGAACCUUUUCAGGCACAUAGAUCCAUCCAUGGCCGAGGCCUGGAGCCCAGUUUGGCCUUGGCCAGGGUCCGUGAUCUGAGCCUCAGUAAUGGCGGACGAUCUAGGGGAACGCUGCCUGUUAUUGCAGCGGGGGCUCUCUCAUUCUCUCUCUCUUUUGCAGUGUCUUCUCUCUCUACCGUGGCUGCUAGAGAGUUGCCACCUUAUUCAGAGAAUUUCCCUAAGGAGCUUGUCCUUUACCAGUAUGCUGCUUGUCCCUUUUGUAACAAGGUCAAAGCCUUUUUGGAUUACUAUGAUAUGCCAUAUAAGGUGGUGGAGGUAAACCCAAUAAGUAAGAAGGAAAUCAAAUGGUCUGAAUACAAGAAGGUUCCAAUUCUAGUGGUUGAUGGGGAGAAACUUGGCGAUUCUUCUGAGAUAAUUUCUAAACUUUACCAGAGAAUCAGUCCCAAGGAAGAUUCAACUGGCAUCGAGAGGACAGAAGAAGAUCAAUGGUGCAGGUGGGUUGAUCACCAUUUGGUACAUAUGCUAGCCCCAAACAUUUACCGGAGCCCUUCAGAAUCACUUGAGUCAUUUGAUUACAUAACUACUACUGGUAACUUUACCACAUUCGAGAGGUGGACUGCGAAAUAUGCAGGAGCGGCUGCCAUGUAUUUCAUCUCAAAGAAACUUAAGAAGAGGCAUAAUAUAACCGAUGAGCGUGCUGCUCUUUAUGAUGCUGUGGAGACUUGGGUUAAAGGGCUGAACAAUAGAUCCUUUAUGGGUGGAGACCGACCAAAUUUGGCGGACUUGGCAGUUUUUGGAGUGUUGAGACCCAUACGACAUUUACAGUCGGGACAUGAUAUGUUGGCUAAUACCAGCAUCGGCCCUUGGUAUGAUCGCAUGGAGACGGCUGUGGGCAAAAGCUCUGAAAUUAGAGAUUCUUGACAAUGUUCUCAUCAUAUCACAAAUUUUUGACCUCGAGUUUUACAAAUAUGAUUACUGCCCUAAACAGAGAGCUGCAGUUUGAUGCUUUCUAGCCCUUGGCAUGCAGUGUUUGUCUGUUCCUUCGUUCCUUGUUCAGAGUCCUAGUGGGUGAAUAAAGUUCUUCUAACGAAGAAAAAAGAAAUAGUAGAUGUGUCAUUUAUAUUAUUGGAAAUCUAUACAUAUAUUAGAACUGUUUAUAUUUGGCACAAGGAAGUUAUAAUGAUUCAUGUGAA